AGGUUGGUGCAGCGAUGGCACGAUGGUUUCCUUGCUCUGCCAGGACAAGGAGGAGGAGCCUGGCGCUCCUGGAUUAGCAUGAAGAAUGACAGCCGGGAAAGACACAGCCUGAAGAUGCCAGUUCUCCUGGGAUUAUUUGGGAAGCGUUAUGGUCUAGAACUCCCAAUGUUAGCCAUGGAAGUAGCACUUUCCCCCAUCAGGUCUCAGGAACUGGAUUCUAUAGCUAUGGAUGCUUCCCCUGUGGUCAUCAACAUGACUCCCACCACUGAGCAGGAUGGCAGAAAAGAGGCAAUGAAAGACCUGGACUCUGGAGAGCAGUAUGAGAAGCCUCCCCCUCUCCAUACGGGAGCUGACUGGAAGAUCGUUCUCCACUUGCCUGAAAUUGAGACAUGGCUCCGGAUGACAUCAGAAAGGGUCAGGGAUCUGACGUACUCGGUGCAGCAGGACUCUGACAGCAAGCACGUGGAUGUGCAUUUGGUGCAGCUCAAAGAUAUAUGUGAAGAUAUCUCUGAUCAUGUUGAGCAAAUCCAUGCUCUUCUAGAGACAGAGUUUUCCCUGAAGCUUCUGUCUUACUCAGUCAAUGUGAUUGUUGACAUCCAUACAGUACAGCUUCUUUGGCACCAGCUCCGAGUUUCUGUUCUGGUUCUGAGAGAGAGAAUUCUGCAAGGAUUGCAGGAUGCCAAUGGGAAUUAUACCCGGCAGACUGAUAUUCUGCAAGCCUUUUCAGAGGAAACAAAGGAGGAACGUCUUGACUCUUUAACUGAAGUGGAUGAUUCAGGACAGCUAACUAUCAAAUGUUCUCAGAAUUACUUGUCACUGGAUUGUGGAAUCACUGCAUUUGAGCUGUCUGAUUACAGCCCUAGUGAGGAGUUGCUUGGUGCCCUUGGUGACAUGACUUCCAGUCAGACUAAAGCAAAACCAUUUGAAUCCUGGAACUGUUGUGAAAUGGAAGAAGACUUUCCAGAGCUGAUCAGAAGUGUAGGAUUACUGACGGUAGCAACAGACACAAUUGCUUCCGAAGAUAAUAAAGGCAUCAGUGCAACAGAAGUCCAUUUGCCAUUGUCGAAAGACCAGGAAGAGGAAGGCAAAGCAUCAUCCGCUGUAUCCACUGACCUUUCACUCUCUCAUAUUUCAGGGAACUUGCCUCUUUGUAAAGCAUCUUGCACUGAAGUUUCUAGCAUAUCAGCUGAAAGUGAGACAGUCUCUGACUUGGUCCAACAGGAAUUGAGUCCAGUACCAUCCAAUGGUAAAAAAGCCAAGCAACAUCCUCCCUGUGAAAACCCAACUCCAAAGAGAUCAAUAAGAGACUGCUUUGAAUACAACGAGGAUUCUCCCACCCAGCCCACUUUGCCCAAAAGAGGUUUGUUUCUAAAAGAAGACAUAUUUAAAACAGACAUGGUUGUUAAUGAUAUAAAAAACCAAAUCUCUCUUAUGUUUAAGACAGAAAUAAGUAGGAGCACACCCUCAUUGUUAGAUCCACCAGACAGGUCCAAGCUCUGUCUGGCAUUACAAACGGCAUACACUAACUGUCCCUCUGCCAUCAGUCAGUCCUGUGAUUGUUUGCACAAUAUAGGUGAUCAGAACCUUGAACGUGCAAUAAAAAAACACCUCAAGGAAAGUUCGCUUGGUCUAGGUAAGCCUAGUCACUUCACUAGAAGGGAGAAACUGAGGUGCAAGAAAACACAUGACAUUCCUGAGGAGGUGGCAUCAUGCAAGAUACCUGGAAUUGUAUCGAAUGCAACAUCGGCAAAGCAGGUAAAAAAAAGAACAGCUUCUUCUUUGCAAAAUGGAAUUCCUUUUGGUAGCGUACAGUCCAUGGAAGGAACAGAAAGUGAUUCAACUUCCACUUCUUCUGACCCUUGUAAACAGCAAGAACUGAAUGGCCGGUACAGCAGUGACUGUUGUACUUCAUCAGCUCACAGUCAAGUAGAUGGGUCUUCAGCUGACUCAGAGUCGGUGGUGUCCUCAUCCCCAGUUCUUCCAAGAAGUGAGGACAAAAAGGCUCACUUGUCUUCACCAAGUUCUGUUAAUACUGGUAGUAAAGUUGUUGAGGCCUGGUAUGGUUCCGAUGAGUACUUAGCACUUCCAUCACACCUCAAACAGACUGAAGUGCUUGCUCUGAAGUUAGAAAAUUUGACAAAGCUACUUCCACAGAAACCUCAAGGAGAGACCAUUCAAAACAUUGAUGACUGGGAACUCUCGGAAAUGAACUCUGAUUCUGAACUUUAUCCCACAUACCAAAUUAAAAAGAAGCAAAAAAGAUUAGGGAGAGUUUCACCAAGUUCUUCAAGUGACAUUGUAUCUUCAGUUGGUGACAGCAUUGAAUCUGGUCCUCUUAGUGACAUACUUUCAGAUGAAGAGCUUUGUACGUCCUCAACUAGCAUUAAAAAGUACAUAGAGGAUAGGACACAAACACACUCAGCAACACAGCCUUCUGAUAAGAAUGAAGUAUCAACCUCAGAUAAAUCAGCUUUAAUUCAGCAGCUAAUGCAAGAUAUACAACACCAGGAUAAUUAUGAAAUUAUAUGGGAAAAAAUGGAGGGAUUUGUAAGCAAGCUGGAUGAAUUCAUUCACUGGUUAAAUGAAGCCAUGGAAACAACAGAGAACUGGACUCCUCCUAAGGCAGAAACUGACAGCCUUAAACUGUACCUGGAAACACACCUGAGUUUUAAGCUGAAUGUAGACAGCCACUGUGCAUUAAAGGAAGCCGUUGUAGAAGAAGGACUCCAGCUUCUUGAUCUUAUAGUAUCUCACAAAUCAGGACUGAAGGACAUGCUGCAAAUAAUUGCAAGUCAAUGGAAGGAACUACAGAAGCAAAUCAAACGACAACACAGCUGGAUUCUUCGGGCUCUGGGUAUCAUCAAAGCAGAGAUACUGGCUACUGAUGUGUCUGCAGAGGAUGAGGAAGGGACUGAGAGCCCCAAGGCUGAGGUUCAGCUAUGCUAUCUGGAAGCACAAAGAGAUGCUGUUGAACAGAUGUCCUUAAAGCUGUACAGCGAGCAGUACAACAGCAGUAGCAAGCGAAAGGAAGAGUUUGCGGAUAUGUCAAAAGUUCACACAGUGGGAAGUAAUGGCCUUUUGGACUUUGAUUCAGACUACCAGGAGCUCUGGGAUUGGCUGAUUGACAUGGAAUCCAUAGUGAUAGACAGCCAUGACCUGAUGAUGUCAGAGGAGCAGCAGCUGCAUCUUUACAAGCGGUACAGUGUUGAAAUGUCAAUCAGACUCCCCAAAAAGAUGGAAUUGCUGAGUAAGGUUGAAGCAUUGAAGAGAAGCAGUGUUUUACUACCCAACGAUCUCCUUGAAAAAGUAGAUUCAAUUAAUGAAAAAUGGGAGCUACUUGGGAAAACCCUAGGAGAGAAGAUCCAAGACACAAUGGUGGGGCACAGUGGGUUAGGUCCACGUGACCUGCUCUCUCCUGAAAGCGGCAGCCUGGUAAGGCAGCUGGAGGCCAGGAUCAAAGAGCUGAAAGGGUGGCUGAGAGAUACCGAGCUUUUUAUCUUCAAUUCCUGUCUGAGGCAAGAAAGUGAAGGAACAAUGAAUGCUGAGAAACAACUGCAAUACUUUAAGUCUCUCUGCUGUGAAAUUAAGCAGAGACGCCGGGGCGUAGGCUCAGUGUUGCGCUUGUGCCAGCACCUCCUCGAUGACCAAGAGACCUGUAAUCUGAAUGCGGAUCACCAGUCUAUGCAGCUGAUAAUCGUAAAUCUUGAAAGAAGGUGGGAAGCCAUUGUCAUGCAAGCUGUCCAAUGGCAAUCUAGGCUGCAGAAGAAGUUGUCAAAAGAUUCAGAAUCCUUGAAUGUUAUUGAUCCUGCCUUGAUGGAGCUAAACGGCACAAGUGAAGAUGCACUGGAAUGGGAUGAAAUGGAUAUAAGUAAUAAGUUAAUUAGCAUUAAUGAGGAACCCAAUGAGCUUGAUCGAGUACUGAAGAAGGAUGACACAAAGCUGAACUCUGCAUCUGAAGCAUGUGCUAACAAUAGUCCAAAACAAGAGGAAAACUCCGGUGUUUGUGAAAAUUAUCUCAGCAGCCCCACUAUUACAAAAUCACCAGGCCCUCAGGUCUAUCAAGUCUACAGCCUCCAUAAUGUGGCAUUAUCAGGAAUAAAUCAUAUAUCCUUGAUGAAAAACACAUCCAGAUUCCCCAGUGUCACACAAUCGGACAUUGCCAACAUCCAUGCAAAUAAAGACUCAUCAUUGUCACCUUCUAAAUAUUUGCCAGACCUAACAGGAAGCAACACUUUGGCGAAACCACAGAAUUAUAUGUAUCACGGUGGAAACAUAAGCAGACAUUCAGAGACCCAGAAUAAAGUAGCAAAUGUAGUUGAUGUAGAGGCUAUGAAAAACUCUGAAAUCAGUUUGCAAAGUGGUACUGAUGGAAUGCAGGGUAAUUCUGUAACUAAUGCCUCCAAUUCCCAAGUAGGGGACAUUGUUGAUGUAACAAAACAAUAUUUUAAACAGGAAGAGGAGGAGAGUUAUGCUAAUUUCCUCAGUUCUUCUCAGUUAAAGUCCAGUGAAAAAGUUAGUGAUCUGGACUGUGUUACCCAAAGCAGCCCUGAGUGUUCAAAAGAGGGCUUACAAGAAGGAAAACACAGUGUCUUUACAUUUUAUGACUAUUCAUACCUUCAGGGUUCUAAAUUCAAACUGCCAAUGUUAAUGAAACAAUCAAGUUCUGAAAAAGCACACAAACAGGGCGGUUUGCUACAUGGCUUUUAUUUUGAUAAAAUCCCAUUUAAAUCUGAGCAUCAGCCUAUGGAGUUAAAACCUUGUGCAUCUACAAAGGAACUUGUUUUAUCAACUGACUUGGAUACUCUGGAGCCCAAACCCUGUGAAUUUGUAGAAGAUUUAAAGAAACUAAGUGACAGGACAGAUGUGAAACUGCUUUCAACUCUAUCACACAGCUCUUCUUUAGAUUCCCUUUCUGUGGCAAGUGAUUUGUUUGGCUCAAGUAUUUUUAGAAGUGGUGAUGGUCUUCAUCGGAGCACUUCCUUGGAGAGUUGGCUAACUCCCUACAAAAGCAAUGAAGAUCUUUUUAGCUGUAAUGGGUCUGGAGACCUAAGUGGAAGUAGUGAUUCUGUUGGGGAACUUAGUAAAAGGACAUUAGACCUUUUGAAUCGUUUAGAAAAUAUCCAGAGCCCUUUAGAUCAAAAGAUAAAGCGUAGCAUUUCUGAUAUUACACUCCAAAGCAUUUCUCAACGAAUGUCCUUGACUGGCCAGUUGUCACUGGAUAUUGCAUCCUCUAUCAAUGAGGAUUCACCUGCCUCCCUCACUGAGCUAAGCAGCAGUGAUGAUCUGUCUCUGUGCUCUGAAGAUAUUGUAUUGCACAGAAAUAAAGUACCAGAUUCAAAUGCAUCAUUCAGAAAACACCUCAAUCGGUCGGUAGCUGAUGAGAGCGAUGUCAACGUUAGCAUGAUUGUUAAUGUUUCCUGUACCUCCGCUUGCACUGAUGAUGAAGAUGAUAGUGAUUUGCUAUCAAGUUCUACCCUCACCCUGACUGAAGAAGAGCUGGGCAUUAAAGACGAAGAUGAUGAUUCCAGUAUUGCAACUGAUGAGGAUAUUUAUGAAGAUGGCAAUUUAAUUUCAGGACUUGACUACAUAAAGAAUGAACUCCACACUUGGAUCAGACCAAAAUUUUAUCUGACAAAGGAGAAGAGAAGGUGCAACCUGGAUGAUGAAAUCCAAUGCUGUAAGAAUUUAAGAAGUAAUGAGACUAUAAAAUCAAAAGAUGCUUUGAGCAUUGAAAAUUUUUUGAAUGAUUCUAUACGCAAACUUGCAGAAAAUAAUGGCAAUGGCAAGGCCAUGUCAGAUAGUCAUGAGCCUGGGGCAAACAGGCAAAUUAAAAAUGAUGGUUUUCAGUUUUCAAAGGAUCAUCUAGUGGACGACAUGGAGAAUGGUAAUGUUGCAAAUACUCAAGAAAGUCCAAAGGAAGAACUUACUAGAAUUUCUGCAGCUCCCACAAAUGUUAGCUCACUUGAUGUUACAGGAAGUGAAAAUGAAUUUUAUGCCUGUGAAGCACAUAUUGAUAGUUCAGAUUGUUCACAUAUGGAUAGUAAGGAGACUGUUCAACUGUCAAAUGCAUCCAGCUCUCCAAAAGAUCAUAAAAAACAUCCUCAGUCUGAUAGCCAUUGCAUUAAUAAGUCUUUUACAGAACUUGGUUCAGAUAUCAAAGGUACAGAUGCAUCAGAUACAGCUUUAGUAAAAUCUCUGCCAUACAAUCAACAAAACAGAACAAGAAUUAGCAAAGAUGGCAGUGAUUGCGAUGCAGCUUUAAAAUCAAAUGAAGCAGGAAAAAACACUUCAGCCAAUGGUACAGAUUCGUGUUGUAACUGUGAAUCUGUUGCUUUUGAUAAAAGAAAUGGAGAGGAUUGCUCAGUGCACAACUUUGUGAUGGAGAUCAUCGACAUGGCUUCAACGGCCUUGAAGAACAAGUCCCAGCCUGUGUGUGAGCCAGCCAUUCCACACCCACUAGCCCAGAUCAAGGAAAAAGUCCUAGAGCAUUCUCACAGGCCAAUACAGCUUAGGAAAGGAGAUUUUUAUUCUUACCUCUCUCUCUCUUCUCAUGAUAGCGACUGUGGGGAGGUAACGAAAUACAUUGAAGAAAAAUGCAGUACUCCAGUACCUCUGGACUUUGCAGAUGACAGGGACAAUAUUGAAUGUUUCUUUGAAGCCUGUCCUGAAGAGGAGAGAGUUGAACAAGAAGCAUGCAUUGCUAACAGUGCCCCUGAUGUACCUCUGGUGAAAUAUGAAGGGUUGGGUUUAAUAGAUGAACCUGAAACAUCAGCAGAAUAUAAUGGCUUUUCUUUGUUAAAUGAGGAGAUGGACAUAAAUGUGCCUGACUCUCUUAGCCAGAUGGUAUCAGAUAAUUUUAAAAAUUCUGCUAGUGAAUCAUUGAUUUUGGACAUCGCUAGUGAAGGUUCAGAUUUGAAUUCUCUCCCCAAUAGCUCCAAAGAAAAUCUUCCUAGAGAGUCUCUUGGUACUGCAAAGUCUGAAGACAAUCCUGCGUCUUCCAUAAAGGCCUCAGUAGAAGACAUUCGGUUAAAAUUGGGUCACUUGGAAGGCAAGGAUGUUUUGUACCAGGACACUAAAACUGUUACAUGUGAAAAUAACCUCUUGCAUCUUCACAAAGAAAGGCACAUAAAUGCACAUAGGUAGAAUGUAAUCAUCCCUGGACACCUACUUAUUUCAUAAACAGAAAAUUGGCUGCCUUUCAGGUGCAGGCUCAUGCUCUAAACCCCGGGAUGACCUCUAAUUCCAUUGUAUCACUGCCUUUUGUUACUCUCCCAAGAUAAACUUUCCUUCCAAAUGUGAUUUCUCCAUGUUGGCUUUGAGACCAGGAUGCAUAUGCUGAUUCUGUUUCAAUGAUCAUUUUGUUAAACCAUUUGUUUUCAUCUGGAUUUCUCUCCCAAGCUACCUCUCAACAACCUACCCUUCCAAAUUUAUAUGCCUCCAUAUGACUUCUCACCAAUACCUUUUUUAUGAUUUUUGCAAUUCCACAGAAUAUAUGGUAAUUCUAGAUCACCAUU